AUGGGCUUUGUCGAUCGCGGCGGUGGCCGUGAGGCGAAGGGCGCAAGUUUGCGGCGCUCCAAAAAAAAUCCCGGGGCGGCUGCCGCACGGAAAGCCUCGGCAACGAAGCAACAGCAGCAGCCGACCACGCGGGUGCCACCCACGCCACCGCCUUUUUUGCAGGGGCGGCAACACAUUGAUGCGGCUGUGGCAAUCCUCGCCCGGCGGCUUGAGGUGGACCGGGACGCACUGAUGGGGCGUGCGGCGCAGGAAAGUGGGGUGGCCGCCGCCUUGACUUGGUGCGUAGACUUUGGCCGUCAAGAGGCUCUCAUUGAGUUUUGUCGACAACACAAUACCACCGCCAGCGCCGCAUCUGCGGAGGGCGAUGGCAGGCUCUACUGCUUAGUGGGCGUGCAUGUAAACAAUGUGGAUCGAAUGCACAAGAAACAACAAGAAACCUGGGUGGAGAGCGUGGCUUCGUGGGGGAAGCACCCGGAGGUCUUGGGGGUUUUGUCCGGGCUCAAUUUGUAUCGUGAUAGCGGGACCCACUUCGCCCAGGAGUGGCUUCUGGAGCAGCUCUGGCGUGUUGCAGGCUCGCUGCAGGUCCCACUUGUGCUGCACCUUUGCCACGACAGUGAUGCGGGUGAAGGAAGUGUUGGUGCGGCGAGUUAUAACUUGACAGUGGAACGAUCCGCGGAGUUACUUGCUGAGCUAAUUACACGUGACGAGGACAACGUGGACGCGAAGGGCGAAGGCGCGCGAAGGCAGCAGAGGCAGAAGCCUACGGCCAUCGUGAUUUACAAUGGCUUGGGAGCCGUUGCCACUUCCGCAGCGCUGCGGACGCUCGUAAGGCGUCACGCCCCGGCGCCCAAGUCAUCAUCCGCGGCGGACGCGGAAACGACGACUGCCUCAGGCGCAGUUGCGGCACCACCGCCGUCGCCGCCCAUUUAUAUACUCCUAACGGCUCAUGGACUCACGGGAAAUGGCAGCCUCCCUAUCGCUGGGAAUGGGGAUGCUGAAGCGGGUGACGCAGCUGCGUAUAACCCGUUAUUUGUUGAUACGCUUCGCAAUCACGUGUCGCCGUCGCAGAUUCUUAUCGGCACGGGUUCACCGUGGAACACCCCUCAGAAUAUACCGGAUGCGCACGUGCGCACGCUACCCAAUGAGCCCGCAAACUACAAGCACGUUGUUUCUGCUAUCGCAGCCGCCCUCACGGGUGAAGCCAAGGAGCAAUCGGGGACAUUGCAGGGGCUCUACGCGACGGCACAGGAGAACUUUCUUCGGCUUUUCUUCAGCUCGGAAAGUUCUUCGCAGGCCAACGAGACAGAAAAGGAAAAAGAUGAAGAGGAUGCAUCCGGCGAAGUGGAGGCGCGUAGUGCUGGGGCUGACAGCACACGCCAAGCGCGAGCUGUUCACUUUGGCCCUGCAGUUGGCACCUCAAAAGAUGUACUGCGGGUGGCGCCGGAUUCUGUGCGCUAUUAUUUGUGCCUCAAAUGCCGCCGAAGGCUGUUUCAUGAACACCAAGUCUUGACCCACUCACCGGACGCUGCCCAGGAACAUUUUGGCGCGCGUCACGCGCGCUGCGAUAUGAACUCCAGCAAGGUGUCAACAGUGGGGGCCUCCUGUGAGACAGUCUGCUUCUUGCCGCUCCUUCACGGCCCAAGCGGCGAGUGGAGUGUGGCGGAGAGCGGGGUGGAGGUGAGCAAACUGAACGGCACCGCUACCUGUGGUGGCUGCGGGGCGAAAAUUGGAACUGCGGGCAAAGACGUUUGUUGUCCGUGCGGCUGCAUCAUUUCGGGUUUGACGGCGCGUCUGGCGGCCUCUAAACUUGAAGCACCAGUGCAACGUGGCGUCAGCGGGGGUCUGGAGGAGCUUCUUCUGCAGGCGGCGCGGGAGCGGGAGCAGCUACUUCAGGAAGAACUUGAGGCUGCACAGCGAGGCGGUGUUGAGGAGGGUGGUGAAAAGAAGAGGAAGGAACCAAAGAAAAAUGUGAAGGCGAACAACCGCUCUAACUUUACGCAUUUCCGGAACAAGAACUUUGCGCCGCGGCAGCAGUCAGAGAGCGAGAAGGUAUCAGGCGGUGGGGGUGGCGCCAGGGGCCACAGGGAACAAUGA